GUUUGACUUCAAUGAGCAGCUCGGUAAGGGAUCCAGCUUCAUGAAAGGCAAGGACUGGCAGGCCAUCCUACCAGUAUGGGAAGAUUUUAUUGGCAAUGCAUUUGGACGCCACACUGCUCGGAGGCAUCGGCGGGUCCCAAAACCAUACCAUGAAUUCAAGCUGGACUGUUCGGGUUCGCCGAUGUUGCCCGAGAUAGAUGAUUUAUCCCUCGAGACCAAGAAGGCAAUGAUUUGGUCAUUCCUUACCAUUCAUUACAGAACGUGUUGUGGAAAGCCCAAGGUCCCAGUGCCCUGGAGCGACAUCAUGAAGGGGCAGUCCAGAUUAAUCUCCAGCACAUACCUACCUGAUGAUACCAAGAUCUUGGAGCCAUCCAAAAUGCUCUGCACUGAUGCCAAUGCAAUCUUGGACUUUUGGUGGGACCGACAGGAAUGA